GGUCUUGGUCGUCUGUCAAGAGAAAAAUAAAAACACGGUUCUCAUCGAUAUAUAUAUAUGUAUGUUUAUGGAACAUCGUACAUCUAAACUACUCAAGCUUGAUCAAGGAUACAUAAAUCAAAAUGUCUCAAUGCAGCCAUAACCACAACUUUUUGCUAAAAUCUGCCAAACAUCCUUAUUGCUGCCAGAGAUGCGGCCAACUAGGAUUCGGAAUGAGUUACUCGUGCGAAAAAAGCGAGUGCAACCUCUUUUCUCACAAAGAAUGUGAGAACCCUAAAUCCUUGGUGCAACACCCGUUUUCCACAAAAUGUGUCUUUAAAUUUUACACUUCUAGAUCUGGGAAGGGUUGUUUGUGCCACGUAUGCGGGAAGGGUAUAAAAGGGUAUCACUACGGAUGCUCGUGCAAUUUUGUAAAGCGUUACGCGCACCCAUCUUGUCUUACUUAUGAACCCACCUUGGAAGCUUUUGAUGGUCUUACAAUGAACCUACACAAGGUGGCCCCUGCAAAGUGUUUGCAUUGCAUGAAUGAGAAUCUUUGCUCUAAGGUAGAUGGAUGGGCUUAUGUUUCACCAUGUGGCUUGUACUGUUAUCAUGUUUCGUGUGUGAUGAAAAUCAUCAAUGAUAACUGGAAAAAGGUGUUUAUGAAUGGAACAAGUGAUCCUUUUCAGACUAUUAGAGAAAAGUUUCCUUCCCAUGUGAAUAGGAUGAAUAAAAUGGGAAAGGGGAAAAGAAAGGUGCGAGACCCGAAGAAGGUGGCUACGGCUCAGAAGGUGGCUACGGCUUUUAGUGUGAUAUUUAACGUGUUAACAGGAAAUCGUCAGGGUCUUGUCGGCGAUGCUGAAAAGUUUUUCGGUUAAGAUUCCGGAGCAUAUAGUUGUGUGCUUUCACUAUGUUAUUGUUCUACCUUGUGCGAUUUCUACAUUAUGUGUUAGUGUGGUUUUGUUUGUCUAGUAUGUACUCGUCUAUUAGCAAGCACUUGGUUAAAAGUUGAAUGCACGGCUGUUGCUUGUUUUCUUAUGUAUCA